AUGAGAUUAACCCUGAUCUUCCUCCAAACAUCCUUCGCCGCAUUCUGCACCAAAGGAACUCACAAACAAUGCGGUUCAAACUUCGCCGCUUACAGCUCUUCUUUUUGGCCAAAUCUUCUCGGUCAAUGGUCGAGUACAGAAGUCGACGUCACUUUUGGCCAUUUUUACCCUCUUCGCCAAAUGGAAUGCUCCCCUCUUUUGGACCUAUUCCUCUGCUCCUCACUUUCCCCUGCAUGCGUGGACAGCGAUUUAUCAGGAACACUUCCUUAUCUCGUCCCCGUGCCACCCUGCCGAGAAUUGUGCGAACUCGUCACCUCCUCCUGCGCCUCCCUUAUCACCGAAUUCGACAUCCAAUGGCCUGCCGAGUUCUCCUGCGACCGCUUGCCAAGAAUUUCCGAAGCUCAGUGCAUCCCUCCUCACGAUUCCUCAAAACCACUUCCUUUCCAACUCUCCUGGACGUCGACUGAAAUCAACGAAGAGAACUCCCAAGAAGCUGAUGAGCACUCUCGUUUUUGCCCGGCAGAGCAGAUUACCGAAAACUUGGAAAUCUCCUACGCCGGAAUCGCUGGAUGCACCGGCCCUUGUGAGCCGAAAGAAACGACGGAAACAGAGACAAAGCUGGUUCGGCUAGUUGUCGGAAUCGUCGCUGCAGCUGGAGCGAUUUCUUCUUGCUUUUGCGUCGUUUGCUUUUUCGUCGACAAGAAAAGAUUCCAGUACCCGGAAAAGCCAGCAGUUUACUUCGCCAUCUGCUACUCUGCAAUCUGCUUGUUCAUUUUACUCGGAAUCGUCAGUCCUUCUGGAAUCGGCUGCUCAAAGAACAGGCUCGAAAAUCUCGCCACGGGGGAAGUUCUUGAGCAAAAAGGGCUGGUGAAUGGAAUUGAUAAGAACUUCUGCACGCUGAUUUUUAUGGCGAAGUUUUAUUUUACAGGUGCUGCACUUUGCUGGUGGCUAAUUCUGAUGAUUUCUUGGGCCCUGGCUGCCAUUCUCAAGUGGUCCUCCGAAUCCAUCUCCCAAAUCGGCCCGUUUUUCCAUCUCUUUUCUUGGACUUUUCCCGCCAUUUUGACCUCCACUGCUCUGUACCACCGACUCGUUACCGGCGAUGCCUACCUCAACUCCUGCGCCUUAUCUACCUCAACAUUCGCCAACUGGGUCCUCCUCUUCUUCCCCACUGUUGGUUUUUUCUUCACUGGCUCAGCAAUCUUCAUGGCGGGUUUAUACGCGCUGAGAAAAGAUCUUGCUCCGAAGUCGAAAUCUGCUCUUGUUGUUCAUCGAAUCAUCUUGUUUACGAUUUUCUUCAUGUUGCCGAAAUCUGCCUUUUUGUUGGUCAAGUUUUACGAAGCGGAUCAUAAAGCGGUCUGGGAAAUGGCUGUUCUUGAAGGCUCAAACUCAUCAGGAAUCGCCUUUAUCCUCCUCGAAAAGCUCCUCCCCCUCCUUCCCGCUUUCGCUCCCCUCGUUUGGGCGGCAAAUCGAAAGUCUCUAGAACGCUGGGGCAGCUCGACAGCCUCUUCGGUCCUGACAAACUCAAGUUUCGUCGGAAAAUCGGCCUCGGAAAACUCUGAUUCUCAGUCCGUGAAAUCAAGGAAGAAAGCAGAAUCGAUCGUAAGCUCUAGAGAGGAUGAGAGCUUAUUGGGAAGAAUUCCGUCUGUUCCGGACAAUUUGCUUGUAUAA